CGAAUGCCCAUCCCUACACGAAGCUAUAUCGGUUGGUUACUUAGCGUGGGGAUAACACUUGUCCUCUCUCUGUUGAGUUUCGAUUUGCUUAAGGGCUAAUUCGCGUUUGCGAACCGUAGAUCCAGGAGGUAAAAUCUGGAAACAUCCGAGGAACUUUGAAGCGAAAUCGAGAAUUUCAAUUGAUCGAUGAAUCCUAGAAGGGAGCCUCGUGGUGGAAGAAGCUCGCUCUUUGAUGGCAUUGAAGAGGGAGGAAUCAGAGCUGCUUCUUCUUACUCUCAUGAAAUCAAUGAGCAUGAGAAUGAGCGUGCCUUGGAAGGUUUACAAGACAGAGUCAUUCUCUUAAAACGACUUUCUGGCGAUAUUAACGAAGAGGUGGAUACUCAUAACCGCAUGCUUGACAGAAUGGGUAAUGAUAUGGAUUCAUCAAGGGGGAUUCUCUCAGGAACCAUGGACCGGUUCAAAACGGUUUUUGAGACCAAAUCAAGCAGAAGAAUGCUGACACUCGUUGCAGCAUUCGUGGGUGUAUUUCUAGUCAUUUACUAUCUUACCCGUUGAAAUUGGCAAAAACCAGAGUACUCUAAACAAUCCAUCCAUCUAUAUCAUAUUUUCAUGCUCUCUGUUGGCUCCUACAAUCUCCGUCAGUGUAAUGAAUGAUUUGCAAGCGUGAUCAAGUGCUUAAGAUAUAAAUGACAGAAAUUCACGUUAACUUAUAAAAGUUUCAUGGAUGGACUUUUUUAUUCA